GUGAAUGUACUUAAAUUACUUUGCAUCAAUGCUUGUACAACAUUGGAUUAUAGCCAUUAUAGCACUACGAAUAUUGACACCGUUUUUUCCAUCCGUAAAACAUAUGAUAAAUAAAAAUACAUAAACCGAGGCUUCAGCCGUGACAGCUCAGCCUCACAACGAGGUCGGUAGCCUACUAGCCAGCGUCCAUCUGUCAAUUAAAAGUGAAGUAUGUCUUCCCUCCAUGUAUCACCUUCAUCCAGAGAACACACCUUUGACCCUGUUGGGGAGAUUUUGAGCGAAAGUGAAUGUUUGACACAUGACCAUGGGCCCAUGUUGGGACCUGAGCUUGGCCUGAUGGAGUUGUCAGAGGUUGAAUAUACACACUUUCAGCAUCUUAUCCAGGCACAUGUGGAGGCACACAUUACCCCUUCAGAUUUGCCUUAUGCCAAGUCCCAUCCAAGUGCUACAGUGAUGGUUAAAGACACCACUGGAUCCAUAGCACUAUCCCCCUUAGCAGCCACUCAAGCUAUUGACCUAUCGACUUCAACUGAUGACCACAGUCUGGUGAUGCCAGGAGAAAAGACUCCAGCUUCUUAUGGAGAAGUCCCAGGUUUUGUGCUGGCCAGAGUCAGAGGUGAAGACAGCCAGAGUGAACCUUACUCUAACAGCAGCACAUUUUCACAGAACAGAUCCAUAUCUGCGGCUAGAGUUUGUUUGGAGAAGAGGUUUAACACCAUGUCUGCUAACACCCCAAGAUAUCAAGAUAUCAAGUCAGCAGUUCUUAGCAAUUUUUUGACAAUGCUGCAGCAGUCUGCUGAGGCUCAAGAUGCAGUCAAACACCCUCAAAUGCGGUUUGAUGUUUCCAGCCCAUUUGUUGGGGGUGAAUUUACCCCGAUCAACAACAUGUCUGAACAAGUGAUUGGCCAUAUUCCUCACAUGAUUGAACCUAACAAGCACCAGGGUUUAAUCAUCCCGAAGAGUUUCUCGAUUAAUUUUUGCUGUGAGAGAGUUGGUACAAAAUCUCAGUUCACCGAUGGCUGCAACUUAACAGAGGACCAGCUGUUGUUGAACAUAGAAAAUGAUGGAAAGGUUGCGUCGACUGAUCCAGAUUCUGCCGGAAAAUCAGGGAGCAGCACCAGGAAAAAAGCUCAACCUCAUAUGUCGCAUAUCCAGCGCAGGGAGCGACACAACAUUAAGGAGAGGGAACGCAGGAAGAGGAUCCGUUUGUACUGUGAUGAGCUGAACAUGCUGGUGCCAUUCUGUGAGUCAGAUACGGACAAGGUCACCACCCUGCAGUGGACCACUGCCUUCCUUAAAUACAUCAAUAAAACAUAUGGAGACACCUUUCAAGCGGAGUUUCAGAGGGCUUUCACGGAUGGGAAAGAACACUUUCUGAAAUCCAGUCCUUGUUCAGGCAACGACCCGAUCCGCCGGCAGAUGGACACGCUGCUGAGCAUCCCUCUUGCGGUAGAGCAAUGACCCUUCCCAUACUCAUCUAAAACAUCAGCCAGACCUUUGAGAUUAAUUCAACAUUCAAGCUAUGGUUGUGCCAUCAGUUCUGGCUAUGAGUUAGGUCAAUUUGUUUUAAACAACAAAAAGCAUCCUUUUGAGAGGAGCUCUUUCUCUGCUGCAUCACAAUGGUUGAGAUGGGGAAAGGUUUCCAGUCCCAGAACUUGUGACGCUCAAUCAGAAAAACCACACUGCAUCAGGAUGCUAUAUGAAUUAUUUUUUCCAACUUGAGAGCCAACAUUUGUAAAAAAGCUUUUCAUGUCACACACAGGGGGCACUGUUUCCCUUUGCAAACAGCAGAUAGCGCUGUAUUGACUAGAUUUCAGCCCAAGCUUUAACUAUCCGUGCAACUUUUUAUACACUUUAUUCAAGUGUAGUUCAUUUUUAUGGAAUUAAUUUCAAUUGGAAAAAUGUUCAUAGUGUAUAUUCAGUUCAGUUUUCUUGUUGACAUACAUUUGUUAUUUAAUCAUAUAUGUAAGUGUAAAUGCACUUACAUUCUUUCUUUUGCAUAUUAUUUAAAGUAUAUUUUGUAAAUUAAUGGGAUUACUUGAUUUCCAUUGUGUUAGCAUAUUACUCUGACAUGCAGACUGUUCAUUUGAUAUGUAGAGAAGAGUAAUCUUUUACUGAAAAGUGGCUUUAUUUGUUCUUUCUCACAACAUGUCGCUGUAGCAUCUUACUGUACAUACAACAGUCACCCACAAAUAAUAAAUAGUAUUUAAGGUCAUGUAUAUUUAAUAGUUACAGCACCGGUAGUACAUAGUGGAUGUGGUCAUUGUUGAUUAGCCCCAAAAAAAGACUGCUCCUAAGGUUCUUAAAUUUAUUUUACAAUGUCUGAUUUAUGCAUCCACAAGUAUUGUUGUUUUUGAUUCUCAAAUCUAGAGAAUCAACUUCACAUGUCAUUUAAAAAUACAAACAAAGAAGCUGUAGAAAAAAAAAAACAAGACUAUCAAAAGGUAAACGUUUUUGCAUUAAUCUACACAAUUUCUGGGCACCUGGGUAUUUGUGUUUUUUAUUCCUUUUACAAUACAUACAAGGCUCCUUGACAGAAGCUUUUUGCCUCUGCCGCCUAUUUCCAUAUUUUACAUGUUAGCUUGUAUGUUGAGGUAACACCUGUGAUUGACAUUAAUGGGCAAUGAUACAUGCACAUUCACUUCAGAGCCAGUCACUGUUGUUUUAGAGUCAUCUGCAGAAAAAUGUUAACCAAGGUAAUGGGGGCAUGGAAAUAGCAUGUACAACGUUUUUAUACACAAAAGGACUCUUCGUUCUCUUCCAGUUGUCAAGUCUUGUUAUGUGAUACUGUAGUAUUUGGAGCACUGCUGUUGUUCUCUUGGACUCUUCUUGGCCUCUGUCCACUUCGUUUCUGGAUGUUAUCUUGAUGUUUUUGUCUCUCAGUUGCUCUGGUUUUCAUCUCACUCCUCGGAUGUUCUUCCACUCCUCUCAAAAUAUCACACCUGUUUGAUGUUACUCUUCCCAUCUUGUGAUAAAGGUAUUUUAAUAAAGAGGACAUUUUUGUC